CCUACACACUGUGUGUGUGUGUGUGUGUGUGUGUGAGAACAGAAAAUAAUAAGUUAUUUUGAAUUUAAGCAGAAUAUCGAACCUGCUGGACUGGAUUUACUGUACACACACACACACUCAACACACACACACACACCACACACACACACACACACACAUCAUUUAAUGAGGUUGUUUCCAUUCUUUUCUGUAUCACGCUUCCUUUCGGACUCUGAAUUCACCACGAUGACGAAGCGAAUGGCGUCAGCAGGUCAUCACCGGUCCCGACGGUCCAAACAUUAUGAACACGGACGCCAGCAAGCAGAUCCAUCAGCAUGGCUCGUGGCCACCAGAAAAUUCAGUCUCAGCAGAAAAACGCCAAGAAGCAAGCCGAGAUCAAGAAAUCUAAAGGGCACGACCAGAAGUCGGCGGCCAAGGCUGCGCUGGUGUACACGUGUGGCGUCUGCAGGACCCAGAUGCCCGACCCCAAAACCUUCAAGCAGCACUUCGAGAGCAAACACCCCAAAAGUCCUCUCCCUCCAGAGCUGGCCGGGGUGGAGGCCUGAGCGCGGGGUCCCCCGGGCGCACCGCGGCUUCACGAUCAAAGACUGUUAAUGCUGUACACUGUUCCUAAUCGGUAUUACCUCAGUCAUGUGCUGUCUGUCGUUCUCACUGUCUGUAGCUCUAUUCGGACGGGAUCCUUCCCAUCAAUCCUAAAUUAUCGUUCACGCCCGGCGCUGCACUUUUCUUUAUAUCAGGGGAGAUAAAGCUGCAGGAGAACCUGCACAUGCUCAGUUUAUUUAUAGACGUUUUUAUCACGGAGAUGCCGACGCCGUCCGAAUAGAGCUCGUAACGGGUCUGAUUUUACAGAGCUAAUUAAAUACGUACGAUUUUCCUACGUCUCACGGUUUGGGUUUUCAUCCACUGAACACACGUGUACGUUAAUUUAUGCUUCGUCUGAGAAUCAUCGCGUGUGUUUGGUUGUGGUUUGGUUGUACUGUCGUAUUUUCCGGGCUAUAAGACACACAAUCCUGCACAGGUUCCUACACCCCUGGUCGAUAUAUAUAAUACAUUCUUCACAGGCGAUGGUUUCUAUUUUUAAGGUCAUAUGAGGUGCAAAAAGGGUCCCGGAAGAUUUUAUAAACCUUAGAAUAGUAUAAUAGACGUGUAAUAAAGAAACUAGCACCAGUGUUUUGAUAACCACCGGCCGGGCGCUUAUACAGACAAUAACUGGCCUGUCCGGGGGAGGGAGGGACGUAGGGGUUCCUCAUAACUGCUGCAAUUACGACCUCUGCUGGCUGAUCGAUGGCGCUGCACAGAGACUCUCCGUGCACGAUACAGAUCUCCACGUGAACACGUCUGGUGCAGGUGAAAAGAAGCAGUCGGUCCUGCACACGUGUGGGAGGGGGCGAUCAGGAGUGGAGGUCUGCACCAGUACAGGGGAAAUACCACUGGGGGAUUGGAUACGACUAAAUUGGGGGGGAAAUGGAGCUUCUCUUAAACCCGGCAGCCAGAAUGUACAAUUUGUGUCUUAUGCUCCAGAGAAUACGCUAAUUAAGGCUGUAAUUAAGAUUAGUUUGAUUAAGAAGCGAUAAUAAUAAUAAUUAAGGAUAAUUUCUGAGGUGACUGGAUGUAGUGAGGGUAACGACCACUGUCAUUCUUUUAUUCUGCAGCAGGAUUGAUUCUCACGUCUGUAUUUAUGAUGAUGUUCAUGCUUGGGUGACCUGCUUUCUGUGCCAAUGUAAAAUAACAUUUUAAUAAAGUCUAAUUUUGUUUAA